AUGCGUCGGAAUUCUCCUUGUACUUUAUCUGAAUGGUUUCGUCAGAUCUUAUGCAAUGGUCCCGGAACGUGCAUCCCUGUCUGUUUUGCUGCUGUUCUCGCUCGCAUUCUUCUGAUGCGUCCCAUCCUGAUCGUGUUUGUCGAGAGCGUAUGCCGCACUCAAACUCUGUCCUUGACCGGGAAGAUUUUGUACUAUUCUCGUUGUGCUGAUGUGAUUGUUCAAUGGCCGCGGUUACAUGCUGCUUAUCCGAAUACAGUCUAUUUGGGUUUACUCUCCUGA